AUGGCCAUGUCAACAGGGCACCUGCUGCCACCGCAGCUGGGGGUGCCCCCCGGCGCCCGGCGUCCGGACUCGCCCCGCGGCUUCCGGUACCCGGACUCGCCCCGAGGCUUCCGGUAUCCGGACUCGCCCCGUGGCGCCCAGCGUCUCGACUCGCCCCCUCGGGGCUCGCCGGCAGCCCGCCUCAGUGAACCCGACCUCCGGGCCAAGGCUGACGUGGCCCUGCCCUCGCUGAGCAGGCGCGUGGAGGCCCCCAAGAAGAUGAUCGAUCCCCCGGCAGCCGUGGAGCUGAGACCGCCCAGCCGCGAGCUGGGGGUGGCAGGGACGGCGGAUGUGCUGCGGCGCUUGCGCCGCGACCACGGCCUCUUUGCGGAGCUGAGCCUGGGUGAGUUGGAGGAUUUGGCGGAGCUGAUCUCACCUCUGGGCUUCCGGCGUGGCGAAGUCCUCUUCCUUCGAGGCGAGCCCGCCUCAUGGCUGGGCUUGCUGCUGGCCGGGAAGGCCUCGGCUACCAUUCCUCAGGGUGGCCAGGGCGGUGGCGAGAUACGCCUGGGGGACCACCACCCUGGCGAGAUCGUCGGCGGCGCCCGCGGGGCACUCUGGGAAAAGAGCCAUGCCCGUCCCUACACCCUCAGGGCCUUGGAGGACGGCUGCAUCGCAGUCCUGAGCUUUGAUCAAUUGGAAGCCGUGCGCCGCGCGCGGCCCGCUUUCCACCACUCGCUGCUGCGAGUGCUGCUAAUGCAGCUUGCCGACUCAUGCGGCUGUUUCUUCAGGGGUUGCCCCGUCUCGAAUCGAUUGAAGUGGAACCUGGCAAGCUUCACCGAACGGCGGGUUCUGGAUUUUCUUGUGCGCUUAAGAGAUGAAGGCAGGCUUCUGCCAUGCGCGGACUACCAUUCCCUACUGGCCUUGGCUUGCCGACUCCGUGUGACCCAGUGGCAGCCGCGAGUCAGCGUGCUGACUCGCGGCGAGCCGCUGGCAGGAGCACUGAUCGUCUUAGACGGCAAGUUCACUGGCUUCCGGGAUGCCGGGGGAUCACCGUCCCUGUGGUUUGAUCCUGGGGAUUGCGUCGGCCUCGAGUUCCUCCUUGGAGGCGUGCAGCCCUGCCCGAUGGACAUCUUCGCUGCCCGGCCUACUCUGGCUGCCUUGCUCCUUCCUUCAGAUAUGGAGGACCUCCGAAGGGAGUAUCCGUCCUUGGCCACGGAGAUUCUUCAGGGCUUAUUUAGCAAGCUCUUCUCGGAACUGGCCGCGCCCCACCCCGAGCCUCUGCUUCUGCUGGCGGAAGCCGGCGAGAAAGUGCAGUUCCAGCCCAGUAGUUCGCCGAUCUUUCCGGCGCCCCUGCGAUUUCCGGGGAACCUCUCGCCCGAAGAUGUGCAGACGGCCGUGAAGCUGGCAGAAGCCACGGCCCCCACACCGCGCUGGGUCAAUUCUUCGCGCACCACCAAGGUCCUCGAAGGCCAGGCAGCACGGGAAGAUGCUGCAAUCAGGCGCUUCAUCGCGGACCCCCAUGGCCUGACAGCAUCGUGGGCAGAGCAGGAGUCCACGAAGGCGGAGUGGCUACUGGGCUCCUUCCUGACGCAGAAGCUGAUGGAAAGCCAGGGUGGCGCAGAGGGAAGAGCGAAGGCUCGAGAGGCCACGGUGGAGGCGGUCUUGGCCGCGAGCCGCCCGCCCGGCUCCCCCACCUCGCCAGUGGGGCGCCCAGACCAUCACCUUAAAACGCCAGGUGUCACAGCAGAGCGCUGCAGUGACUCAAUCAGUGUCAAGAUGCAGCAUGUCUGUGAUUGA